AUGAACACCGACGAGGCAGACGACACCCUCUACCCCAUCGCCGUCUUGAUUGACGAGCUCAAGCACGAAGACGUCAGCCUGCGCGUCAACGCAGUAAAGCGCCUUUCCACGAUUGCGCUUGCCCUUGGGCCAGAGCGGACCCGUGAGGAGCUCAUCCCUUUCCUUGAAGAGUCGAUCGACGAUGAGGAUGAGGUCCUGACGGUGCUUGCCGAGGAGCUCGCGGGCUUUGUAGAUUACGUCGGUGGAGCGUCUUACAGCCACCUUCUUCUGCCUACCUUGGAGACACUGGCUGCCGUUGAAGAGACGGUUGUGAGAGACAAAGCCGUCGAUUCGAUUGCCAAAAUUGGAGCGGGGCUUUCCCAGGCACAAAUAGAAGAGCACUACCUGCCGAUGAUUAGGCGCCUUUCGACGGGCGACUGGUUCACGAGCCGAACGAGCGCAUGCGGGCUCUACGCACCGGCCUAUACUUUGUGCACGCCAGCUUUGCAGGAGGAGCUGCGAAAACUGUACACUCAAUUGUGCCAGGAUGACACACCUAUGGUUCGCCGUGCCGCUGGAACGCACUUGGCGAAACUCACAAAGAAAGUCUCGAAAGAGCACGUACUUUCCGAAGUGAUUCCUCUCUUCCGCCACCUUGCCGUGGAUGAGCAGGACUCAGUUCGGUUGUUGACAGUGGAAAGCCUGGUUGCUAUUGCGGAGCAGCUGAGCCCCGAGGAGACCAAAACCCAGCUUCUGGAGUUGCUUCGCACGAUGUGCACAGAUAAAUCAUGGAGGGUUCGGUAUAUGAUUGCCGACAAGUUUGUGCAGCUUGCGAAAGCUGUUGGGCCGACAAUUAUCCGAGAGGAUUUGAUCUCCGCAUUCGUGACAUUACUGAAGGAUAAUGAGGCUGAAGUACGGACAGCCGCUGCUGGACAAGUGCCAGGUUUCAGCGUUCUCAUUGAACAGGACGCCGUCCUCCGUGAAAUCCUCCCGUGCGUCAAGGAUCUUGUCACGGACACUUCUCAACACGUGCGCGCCGCUUUGGCGACCCAAAUCAGCGGCUUGGCCCCAUUCCUUGGAAAGGACAACACCAUCGAGCACCUUUUGCCUCUCUUCCUGCAGCUCCUCAAGGAUGAGGCGCCAGAGGUCCGACUCAACAUCAUUUCCAAAUUGGACCGUGUCAACGAGGUCAUCGGGAUCGACCUUCUUUCCCAAUCCCUCUUACCGGCUAUCAUCGAGCUCCAAGAAGACAAGCAAUGGCGCGUGCGAUUGGCCAUCAUUGAGAACAUUCCUCUACUUGCCAGUCAAUUGGGAGUUGCAUUCUUCGACGAGAAACUAGCGGACCUCUGCAUGAACUGGCUGGGAGACAGCGUUUUCUCCAUCCGUGAGGCGGCCACCAUCAACCUCCGCAAGCUGACCGAGGUGUUCGGAGUGGACUGGGCCAAGCACGCCAUCAUCCCCAAGAUCUUGGAGAUGUCGAAACACGAGAACUACUUGUACCGCAUGACUACUGUCUUUGCGCUGACGACCAUUGCCUCAGCAGUCAACGGCGACGCCCUGCGCGAGUUCAUCCUCCCCACCGUGAUUACCCUCUCCUCCGAUCCGAUUCCCAACAUCCGCUUCAACGUGGCCAAAUCGUUCGAGCAGAUCAUCCCCCUCGCCAGGAAGGCCAACCUCGCCUCGACCGUCACUGACCAAAUCAAGCCGGCGCUGGCGAGGCUGUCGGAGGACUCGGAUGUCGAUGUGAGGUAUUACGCUCAAAGGGCUGCGGCUACUGCUUGGUGAGUGCGCGUUAUCUCUUUCAUUGUCCGCAAAACUUGUUGGCAGUACAUUCUCACGCCCUUGC